AUGUCAGAAGGUUACGCAAUCGAGCUCUACUUCGAUCCGGCGCUUGAAAACCAGGUUCUGAAAGCUUGGAACGUCUUCGCUCGCCGUCAAAUCAGUACGAAAUUGAUCAGCAAUGAGUCUCGCCCACACAUAACCUUGUUCUCGACCGUCUUCUUCGACUCAGCGAGGCUCGAAUCCGUCAUCAGAAACUUCGUAUCGAAGCAGGAGCCACUCUCGAUCGCUUUCUCUACCAUCGGAAGCUUCUCGAGCGACAACAACGUACUCUUCCUCUCGCCGACACCGUCUCUAUCGCUUCUUCAGCUACAAUCUCAGUUAUGUGAGACGAUGAAGAAAGAAGGUGUUGAGAUUCCUGAAGAUUAUCGUACCGAUUCGUGGGUUCCGUUGUGUCCGGUGGCUCUUGAAGUGCCUAAGUCGCGUAUGGCUGAAGCUUUCUCGGUGUUGAGAGAACUGAAGCUUCCGGUGAAUGGUUACGGCAUGGAGAUUGGUGUGGUUGAGUUUUCUCCGGUUCGUGAAGUCUUCUCAUUUGCUCUUGGUAACAACACUUUGGAGUCUUGA